AUCCGGAGGAGGUUAGAGAGGAAGCACUGUUCAUUCUAUUCUCUGCUCGAACCAGCAGCGGAACGACGAAGGAUCUCGUUCCCCCACCGGCUUCUACCAACUCUGGUUGACUCUUUUCUCUCUCUAUCUCGUUUUUCUUCUGCCACCUCUCUCUCUCUCUCUCAGUAAACCCUCUUCUUCUUCUCCUCGACUGCGACGCCGUCAGGCCGUUCUUCCCCCUGUUAUCCGAUUGUGAAUGUAGCAGUGAAGGCCAUUCGGUUUUCUCUCAUUUUUGGUGGUUCCCUACCUUUUCCUGGAACCCUUUUUUCUUCCACCGUUCACAGAGGUUGCACCCCACAUUUCGGCUUCACCUGACGACGUAACAAUCCCCUGUUCUCCAAAUUCAUAGCCACUUGAGCAAGUUUUAACAGAGCAGUCAUCAUCAGAGUGUUCUCGGUUUCAGUCGAAAAUCAUACCCAGACUACCUUUUCGUCUCGCCAGGCUUUAGUACCGUUCUCCAUCAAAGAAGAAGGUUAGACGUGAAUCUCAGAUCCCCUGUCCCAAGAACCGUGUUCAGGCCAACAUCAGGGUCAGGAGUUAGUGAUCAAAGAUGUUCUUCCACAUAGUGUUGGAACGAAACAUGCAACUACACCCUCGCCACUUUGGCCCCAAUCUCCGUGACAAACUUGUUGCCAAGCUCAUGAAAGAUGUUGAGGGCACUUGCAGUGGUCGGCAUGGAUUCGUGGUGGCAAUUACAGGUGUAGAUAACAUUGGUAAAGGACUGAUUCGUGAUGGGACUGGGUUUGUUACAUUUCCUGUCAAGUAUCAAUGUGUUGUGUUUAGGCCUUUUAAGGGGGAGAUUUUGGAGGCCGUUGUAACCAUGGUCAAUAAGAUGGGUUUCUUUGCUGAAGCUGGGCCUGUUCAGAUUUUUGUGUCAAACCAUUUGAUACCGGAUGAUAUGGAGUUUCAGUCUGGAGACAUGCCAAACUAUACGACUUCAGACGGAUCUGUUAAAAUUCAAAAAGAUAGUGAGGUUCGCUUAAAGAUAAUUGGGACAAGAGUAGACGCCACAGAAAUUUUCUGUAUUGGUACCAUUAAAGAUGAUUUCUUAGGUGUCAUCAAUGAUCCUGGUGCAGCGGCUUAGUGGGAUCAAUCCAGAGAAUGUUCCAGAAAGAUCUAGUAGCAUAUAUAUUUUGUAUAUCACAUCCAUCUGUAGCAGUUGCUUUGGAACACUUAGGUUUCUGAAUGUUCUGGGGAGAUGUACUAAACGUCAGAAACUUGUGUGGCUUUUUGAAGAUGGCAUGAGUUUUAAUUGUGUAUAGGAAGGCAUUAGUACACAGGCCAUUUUUAGUUUAGAUCUGCAGGGUCCUUUGCUUGUGGUAAAAUUUGAUAUUGGAUGCAGGUUUGAGCUUUGUGAGUAAAUGCCACAAAUCAAAUUGGAUAUGGAUAUGUAUAAAAAAACUGGAUAUGGGUAGUCCAAAUUUUGUUCCUUUA